UAUGGAAACCCAGAGGAUUACUGCAACAUUAAGCAUUGAGUUGAAACAAAAGUACCAAGAAAUUGAGGAAAUGCAAAUUCUGAAAGAGAAUUUAAAAAAAUUUAAACGUAUUUAUUAAAUAAAUUAAUAAAUAGUGGAUGCAAAUCUUAAACCAAUUAAAUAAGAAAAAGUCUUAAAAUUAUGUGAAAAAAUAAAGGAUGCUGACUCUAAUAGAACAACCAAAAAAAAAUAUGAGAGUGUAUUGAAAGAAAUAAGAGAGUAUGAUCUAACAAAGUAUAAUUAAAUAUUAUAAUAUUUUAGUUCAUUAUAAGAAAUUGCAACUACAAUUGUAGACUGUCAAUUAAAUCAAUCAAAUAUUAAAUUUUUUUUUGAAUUAUGCGUUGUGUUAGGUAAUUAUAAGGAAUUUAGUAACAUACUUUUAUAAGCAGUUAUAAAGCAUGUUAAAUUAUUAGAAAAGAAAGGAGGAAAUUAUGAAAAUGAAGAUAAAAGAGCAUAAAAACGAAAGAAUCUUUUGAGAAUUUGUGGAGAAUUAUACAAGUAUAAAUUUUUUCAAUAAUAAUAAUAACUUGUAGAAAUUUUUAAAUUGAUACUUCCACAAGUACCAUUAGAUUAAUUACUUAUUAAUAUAUAAGUAAUGACCAAUUUUAUGAAUCAUUUUGGUUAUGAAUUUUUUGGAAAACAUAAAUAUGAGACUAGAUAAGAUUUUGUACAAAAUCCAGAUUUAGAAAAAAUAUUUAAUUUAACUGAAGAACACAAAACAUUUGAAUCUACUUUAAAAGAUUAUAUUCAAUAUAUUGAAAAAACUCUUAUAGAAUUAUAUAAUUAAAUUUAGAAAUUAACUGAAAAUUAAAAUGAUCAAUCUGAUAGUCAAAAAAUAAAAGAGAUGAAAGAUUAAUUUAUAAAAUUAAAAGACAAUUAUAGAAUCAUUAAAGAUUGUAUGGGUGAAUAUGAUCCUACAAAUCCAGAUAAUGAAGGAGGAAUUUUAAAUUUAAAUAUAAGAGACUUUUAAUCAAAUAAUUGUGAUGAUACUGAUUGUUUUCUAGAAGAAGAAAGAAAAUUAUAUUGUUAAUUAAUUACAAUCAAUAAUCCACCUGAUCCUAAUUAAAUUGUUGUUUAAUAGAAUUAAAAAUAAAAAGAUUGUUCAUCAAUAGAAAUAUCUGAUUAAAUGGCAUUAGAAUUUGUUAAUACAAAAUAAAAUAGAAAAAAACUUUUAGAAGAAAUGUAAAAUUUCAAAUAAAAUUAUACAAUUGUAAUACCCUAUCAAUGUCGUUUAUUUGCCACUUUAUGUAAACAUUAUAAAGAAUUUGAAGAAGAAGUUAUUAAAUCAUUUUUAGAACAAUAUAAAUAAAUUAAAUCUAAUGAUCAUUAAGAAAGAAAAUAACGUUAUCUAAGAUAUUUAUGUGAAUUAACUAAAUUCAAAAUUUUAAAAUAAGAUAUUAUAUUAGAUAUUUUAGCAUAAUUGCUUGAAGAUUUAAUAAGUUAUAAUGUAGAUAUGAUUGCAUUAAUAUUAAAUAAUUGUGGACGAUUCUUAAAAUAUUCUGGAGAAUCAUAUAAAAAAUUUGAAUAUUUAUUAAAUUAAUUAGAUAAACAAAGAAAAUUAAAACCUUUAGCUUAAAAAGAAGAAAGCAUAUUAACAUAAGCAUUAUUAAGUUUUGAUAGAUAAGUUAAACCAAAAAAAGAAAAAUCAGAAUUAUAAAAGUUCAUCAAGUUUAUUAUAUUUGAUCAAUUAGAUGAUUUUACAAAUGCCUUUGAAAGUAUGGAAAGACUUCCUUUAAGUGAUUAAUAAUGUAAACAAUAUUUGAUAAAAUAAUUAUUUAAAAUAAGUAUUAAAGGAAGAUACUCAUCUUUAAGUAUUGUUGCUUGUUUAUUGGCAACCAUAAAAGAUAAAUAUCCUGAUAUUACAGGAUAAGUAGUAGAUAGUUUAUUAGAUGAUAUUUUAUGUGGUUUAGAAGAUAACAAUAUUAAUAAAAGAUAAAGAAGAAUUACUAUUAUAAAAAUGAUUGGUGAAUUGUAUGCUUACUAAAUUAUAGAUUAAGAAUUAUUAUUCAAACUUCUUUAUUUAAUUAUUGAAUUUGGUCAUGCUUCUGAUAUCCCUUAAGCAGAAUAAGAUUUAAUUGAUCCUCCAGAAGAUUCAUUUCGAAUAAAUUAAGUAAUUGGUUUAGUUGAAUCUGUUAGAGAGUAUCAUAAAUAAUUGAAAACUAAUCUAUUGAAAUUUUUGGUAUAUUUUUAAAGAUAUGUUCUAUCAAAACGAUAUUUACCUUAGAUUGUAGAAUUCUCUUUACUUGAUUUAUAUGAAAUGAUAGAUCCAAGAUUAGCUAGAAUAAGAACAAUUAAUUAAGCAGAGCAAAUAUAUAACUCAAAUAAUAUUGAAGAUGCAUUAGCAAGAUUACCAGAUUAAGCUGUUUAAUUAUAGGGAAUAGAUAAGAAAUUUAUUGAAGAUCAAAAAGAAGUUGAAUAAUAAAUUAAGUUAGAAAAAGAGUUAGAAUAGUAAUUUUAAUAAUAAUUGAAGGUAUUUUUAUAUUAAAAAAUUAGGAAUCAUAAAUGGAAAAUUAAUUAAAGUAGACUGUAAAAUCGAAUAAGAAAAAUGUAUUAAUGCUUAAAGGUUCAGGUGAUGUUAAAGUAAUUACAAAAUUAGAAAUUUAAAAUACUAAAAAAGUAAAUAAUAUUUUAAAAUAAUUUAGAGCACGUAAGUACCAAAUUAAUAUGUUGGAUUUUCGUAAUGAAGU